AUGCAGCCGGCCAGCUCGACUCUGCGCGUCGGUGAGCAGCCGGCCGACUCGCGGCGACUCCUCCUUUUACUCCGAUUGCCCGACCCUUCCAGACCGUUGGCUGGCCUCUCGACGGACCUCGUCGGCUACUGGGCGCCCAUUCUGUCCACCUCAAGCCCCUGGACCAUCGGAUGCGCCGGUACUCCCGGUCCGGUCAACUUCCCCGAGGCAGGCUCACUUCAGUUGACCGGACAAACGGACCGCGAAGCAGGCGUCUGGCGGCAUGCCGACAACGAGACAUACAUCACCUUCGGAGCUCUCGAGCGUGACGAAAAGGUAAAGACUCCACAUUUUCCGCCCUACCAGCCAGACAACCAACAGCGGACUUUUCUACCAAGUCACUACUAA